AUGGCGGCCCUGCCAAAAUUUCAUAGUCGGACAGGGUCGCUGGUCACAUUAAGUAAUGACAGUCGGACAGCACAGAGAAGUCAUCCAACUCAAGAAUUUAAUAAUGGAGUUGUUUUGAGUGCCGAAUCACUCAAGGAUGAUCAAGUAUUUGAAGUGAAAAUAGAUAAAAAGGUGAACUCAUGGAGUGGCUCAAUAGAGAUUGGAGUCACCACCUGCGAUCCGAACAAUCUCAACUUUCCAAUAAGUGCUACAGGAUUUCGUGAAGGCACAUGGGUAAUGUCUGGUAGCUCCAUCCUAAAGGACGGACACUCUGUGAUAGAGGAGUAUGGAGCGGAUCUUGAUCAGCUGUCUGAAGGUGACAAAGUGGGAGUAAUGAGGACUUCACAUGGCCUUCUGCACUUUUUUGUUAAUGGUGCAGAUCAGGGAGUGGCUGCUGUAGACAUAGGAUCAGUCGUGUAUGCAGUUGUAGAUUUGUACGGAAAGUGUGCACAAGUGUCUAUCGUCGAAAGUGUAUCCAAUGUCAGCACAGAAAAUCAACAAAAUGCUGUAUCAGUGACCAAUGAUGUAGCAAGUCAGCUAGCAAAUGAGUUUUUGACGCAAUUAUCCAACCAGAUUGUGAAUGAUUUGACAAGAGGUGCUGAGGCCCUUAGUGUUUCUGAGGAGAGCGUUGUACACUCCAAUGAACGAUUAACAUUCCAUGAACGUUGUGGGAGUCUAGUGAAACUCAGCAAGAGUCACAGAACAGCUGAAAGGCGACGCCCACUGGACGAGUUCAAUAAUGGAGUGGUGAUGACCAACAGACCACUCAAAAAUGAUGAGAUGUUUGAAAUCCGACUUGACAUCUUGGUAGACAAGUGGUCAGGGUCGAUAGAAGUCGGCAUCACAACACAUAAUCCAUCAACACUAGAUUUCCCCGCAACUAUGACCAACAUGAGAUCAGGUACUAUAAUGAUGAGUGGGUGUGGGAUCCUGACCAAUGGGAAAGGCACGCGGCGAGAGUACGGACAAUACAACCUGGACGAACUAGAGCAAGGAGACAGAAUUGGAUUGAUGAGGAAAUCCAAUGGUCAUCUCCACUACUACAUCAAUGGUCAAGACCAGGGUGUGGCCUCUACUGAAACCCCGCUAACUAUUUGGGGGGUAGUGGACCUCUAUGGUAUGGCUGUGAAGGUGACCAUACUGGACAGGAACGACCCUAACUAUCCUAACUCAUUACCCGUGGCUGCUCCCCGCAACACCAACGUGUUUAGGCAGUACCCAGACAUGUACGAUGAGGAACCAGAAGCUGAGGAAGAGGGAUGUGUGGAAAAGCUCCUAUUUCACCCGCACUGUGGCUCUCACGCAGCAGUCAUAAGCGGUCAAAAAACAGCCCAUAGACCCAAUGCCUUAGAUGAUUUUAACAAUGGUGUGGUCCUGACAAGCAGACACUUACGACCAGAGGAACUGUUUGAAGUACGGAUAGACAGAAUGAUUGACAAGUGGGCAGGGUCAAUAGAAAUAGGGGUGACCUUGCACUCCCCACAUGAUCUUGACUUUCCCUCUACCAUGACCAACAUCCGAUCUGGUACCUGGAUGAUGACGGGAAACGGUGUGAUGCACAAUGGCACGACCAUCAUUGAUGAGUAUGGACAAAAUCUGGACAGGCUCAAGACUGGAGACCGUGUGGGUGUGAGAAGGAAGACGGACGGGACACUCCACUUCUAUGUUAACGGUACAGAUCAAGGCCAGGCCGCCACCAAUGUCCCGGAGUUGGUGUAUGGAGUCAUUGACCUGUAUGGACAGGCAGCACAGGCUACUGUGGUUGACCACUCAGAAUCCCUGUGUUCACCUGAUGCUGAUUCAAGUUGUGCCCUGGAGACCGAGGAACUAAAAUUCCACACCAUGCAUGGCCAGAACGCCAUUGUCCUUAACAAUGGACGAACAGCAGCUCGACCCAAUGCCACGGGGGAAUUCAAUGACGCCAUCAUCAUGAGUAACCGCCCACUCAAAGAUAACGAACUGUUUGAAGUGAUCAUAGAAAAAAUGGUGGAUAGAUGGUCAGGAUCUAUAGAAGCUGGUGUGACCCUUAUCAAGGCUGAGGACCUAGACUUUCCUAACACCAUGACAGAUAUUGAGUAUGAUACCUGGAUACUUAGUGGCUCCGCUAUCAUGCAGGACGGUUCAACCAUCCGUAACGGAUAUCCUCUCGACCUCGACAUCAUGGCGGUUGGCUGUCGUAUUGGGAUGAUGAGGUGCUGUGACGGCACAUUACACUACUACUUCAAUGGAAUGGACCAGGGCGUAGCCUGCUCCGACGUUCCCCAAGGUGUGUCAGCUGUGAUCGACUUGUAUGGUCAAUGUGCUCAGGUGUCGAUAACAAGCGGGUCUGGCAUACUACCUACAGACAAUAACCUACUACAUACAGAGAUGGUACAAUCUGGAGUCUCACCUGUAAAUACAGAUAUCACCCACAGGUUCAGUCACUGUUGUGGGAAAAACAUAACCAUUAAAAACAACGGGGCCAUGGCUUGUCGAGCACGCAACUUCCAACAUGGACUCAUCUUCAGUUCUGAUCCAUUGAGACGAGACGAACUAUUUGAAAUAAAAGUGGAACAGUUGUCAAAGGUAUGGUCGGGGUCACUUCACAUCGGACUGACCACUCUGGCCAUCUCGGACACCACUCCCAUCUCAUCCAUUCCUUCAUCUGCACUUGCUUUGACCACAAAGUUGACCUGGAUUGUUACAAGUUCGGAGGUCAGAAAAUCGGGGGUUGUCAUCAAGGAAAACUAUGCCCCUUCAUUAGAACGAUUAGAGGUAGGCGACAAGGUUGGUGUAAAGAGAUGUCGGGACGGUACAAUGCAUAUAUUACUGAAUGGGGAGGAUUUAGGAGUAGCAGCCUCCAAUAUACAAAAGAAUGUGUUUGCGGUGAUUGACCUAUUUGGCGUUGUGGAGACGGUGUCCGUAACCAGCAGUGCCUCCACAGAUAACCUGAUGAUACUGAGUCAGCAGUCACAGAGUGUUGUGUCAGACGUCACAGAUAACAAUGAGACUGAACGUGACCAGGAUCAGGACACUAACACAUGUUGUAGUUUUGAAUUCCACUGUAACCAUGGUAAAAAUGUCCUCCUUAGCAACAACAACCUAACAGCCCGGCGGACAGCUAGCUAUAACCAGGGCAUCCUCGUAUCUAGUCGACCAUUACAACGCAACAAACUCUUCCAGGUGCGGCUAAAUAGCCUCAACUCGAUGUGGAGUGCAUCACUGAUGAUAGGAGUGUUAGGCUUCUCACCAGAUCGGUACAACUUUCCUGUGUCGGCCAUCUGUAUUAAAAAGUUGUGUAUGAUUAUCCAGGGGGACUCCGUAUACAACUGUGGCUGCAAGGUGAAGGAGCAUUAUGGCCCAAACAUUGACCGGCUUCAGUCAGGCCAUUGUGUGGGCGUGUUAGUAGACGAGGAGGCGUGUCUUCACUUGUACGUUAAUGGGGUGGAUCAGGGCGUGGCAGCUCGGGACGUCCCCAACCCUUGUUUCGCUCUUAUUGAUCUGUACGGCCAGUGUCAGGAGAUCACAGUUGUUAUGGAGGACACAAGCGUGUCAUCUCCAAUCAGCACAGUUGACGAGCGAGAAAAGGCAGACAUUGAUGAUGUGGUUAAAGAGAAGUUACACCGUGUGAGUAGCGAUGUUAACACCACUAGGAACUGUGAAUACCAGAAUAUCUGUUCCAGGAUCAAAUCUCAACUGGGACUGCCAGAAAAUUACUUUGAUGUGCAGAGUAACGUGUGUUUUUGUGAAACGUGUCAUAAGAUCAGACGGGAGGAGGUGUACCACAAGCGUGGGGACCCUCCUCGGGAGUAUGCUCUACCCUACGGCUGGUGCAGAUUCUCUAUUAGGUUACUAAACAAAGCAAAUGCAUUAAAUAUUGCUGAGAAGUGGCAUGUUGGUUAUUAUGGGGCCCGGAUGGAAGCUGUACGAAGAAUUCUCGACAGUGGAGAUCUUCAUGCUGUGGGUGAAAUUGCAACAGGAGGAAGCAUACUUCUCCCCCAGCCUGUACCUGUCACAGAGAAAUCCAGUCCUGAUGGUUGUGGUCUCAAACAGAUAUUUCUCUCCCCCACCAUCAGAUAUGCAGGCUGCAAUGAGUUCUCUCCAAAAUAUAGAAUGGUGGACCCGAAGACCAGGAAGACAUAUCAUGUACGGGUGGCAUUCCAGGUGUGGCUGAAACCGGGGUCGUACAAGGUGGGACCUCAGUCACUCGGUGUUAAUGAACAAAUUGAUCCCAAAAUUAGCAACAAUGAACUUGAGUGGUCAACAAAGGAGCGGGGCUCCAUCAUGCUGGAUGGACUACUCGUCAAGAUAGAAUAAGUUGUACAAGGUCAAAGAUCUUCUUUUUUUUUUACAUGAUUCUUGCCUAUGUUGAUAUAGGUUUAAAUAUUUGUAAGAAUUAUAAAACUAAGGGUCUUUCGUGAUUAUCAGCUCUUUUCACAAAUGUACUAACAGCAGAAAUUUUAUAAAAUGACUGCUUCAGACAACCACAGAAUUGUACAGGUACCAAUGGAUGAUAAGGUGUCAAUGUGUUGUGUCUCUGUAAAACUGGAUGUGUAAGACAGCUAGAUUCACCGACCACACCUCAGCUUGAGUGCUGUUUGCACACGCCUGAAAUAGUUGAUAAUAAUGGGGAACCUGAUUAAAGUAUGAUGAUAUAUUCCUCCACUACAUGGAGACCUCCGUACCAUUUUAAAAUGUCCAUCAUAAGUUCAAAUUUCCUAUUAAGGAUUUUUUUUUUGUCUUAUAAAAAAUGUACUAUUAAGGAUCCCAGUACCACUGAAAAAAACAUGUAUAUUUCUGAUAUGUCUAUAGCUUUGAUAAAUGAUUUCUGGAAAAAAAAUAUACCUUGCAACUCUUAGAAAAAGGUAGAGGUAGUGAAGGUUGAAUAAACAGCAACAAUGUUAUUAAUAUAAAAUGCACCAGAGCUAGACCAGGAUUUGAACCCUGGACUUCUGAUUAUUAUACAUCCCCUCUAACCAACUGAUCGGGUACCUUGUCAACAGUUCUACCCUGGCCAGGUCGAUCUACAUCAUAAUACAGCCCCUCUAACUAACAAAAUUAAGGGGAGGUAACUGUAUGUAUCAUAAACUACAGUGGAACUCUCUAGUGUUUUUCCUUCAGUGUGACAGGGAUCCUUAAUAUAUAUCAGGAUGGGAGAGUAGAUGUUCCAUGACCACAGUGAUACCCAUCAGCAUGUUAGAUCUUCACUGUAAGGUGUCUGUAUCUCAUAAGUAAGGCACGGUGAUAAUGUACAAUAUUCCAAUCAUAUUGAUUGUAUAAUAACAAAGUUUCUCAUGUGAGAUCUGUUCUACAUUUUGACUGUGCUAAUAUGAGACUACCUCAGAGAUGUAUCUUCUUCUUUUUUAUAUACAAACAAUGUAAGUAUCCAAUGUGUUGCAAUGUUUCAAGGUCAACUGGUUCCUUUGUCAAGAUAUGACUAGACUUGUCCCUUUGUCAAGAUAUGACAAGACUUGUCCCU